GGGCGGCCAGCGUGGUCCAGACUGAAUGCAGCCUUUAAAGUGACGGAGGGGCUGUAAUUUGAGAGGAGCACUGAGGUAUUAUUAGCCAAAAACUCAACCGCGGCCCUUGAGGCAUCCAGAUGUUGCGUUUGAGGCACCGAGUGAAGUCAGGAAUAUAGUCUUCAACUGUUGAGCACGCUGACACAGCCGGUCUCUCCUCUCUUUAUCACUAACCAGUGAUGGGAGCAGAUUAAAAAACAGAGGUUAGGUCGCUGAAAACUUGUUUGAAAAGCAGGAAGACGAUAUCGUGAAGGACCGAACAACAAAGCCACAACUAACUGCGCAGUUUGGACGUUAAAAUCCGGUUGAAAUGUUCGGGUUUCUACACCAGGCUGGAAUUAAAUAGUGUUUUGUGUGACACUCGAGUUGAGUUAAACUCUAAUCUUUCAUCUUUUUUUGUGUGAGUUUGUGGUCAAUUGAAACACCAUGGCUUUGCUUCACUUGCUCCUAAGUGCCGGGAUGUUGUCGUUGGUAUCGAGGUGUGGAAGUUAUUACAGCGGACCUUUACACCCGGAGAUGUCUAACGGCACUUUCCAUCAUUAUUUCGUGCCGGACGGAAACUACGAGGAAAAUGACGAUCCGGAGAAAUGCCAGGUGCUCUUCAAAAUGACGGACGAGCGAAAGUGCGGUGCCGACGAGGACCAGGAAGCCCUCAUAAAGGACGACUUCACUAUCAUCAAGCGACAGAUCGAGGACUCGGCUCGGGUGCUGGAGGGGAUCGGGAAGAGCAUCUCCUACGACCUGGACGGAGAGGACAGCUACGGGAAAUAUUUGCGCAGGGAGACGGCUCAGAUUAGCGAGGCAUUCACAAACUCGGAGAAGUCUCUGCUGGAACUGGAGGUGAAAUUCAAGCAGAGCCAGGAGAGUGAGCUGAGAGAGGAGCACAGGCUCAACGACGACUUUCUCAGCAUGGUAGUGCACACGCGGGACGUCCUGAAGGAGACGCUGGACAUCUCCCUGGGCCUGAAGGACAAACACGAGCUGCUGUCCCUGAUCAUCCGCAGCCACGGCACCAGACUGAGCAGACUGAAGAACGAGUACAUGAAGAUAUGAGAAAAACAAGUUCCCAUAGAAGUGUCAUAUAGCAGGCAACAGUUUACCUUUACUGGUUCAUUGUUUUCGAAUAAGUUAUUGAACGGUUCCUGGAAGCAAAGGGUGGAUUUCUCAUUACAGGGAUAGUUAUUUGAACUAAAAAAGUUUCAUUUAUUUUAUAGCUAGUUCAAGUAACUAUGAACUGACCCCUAGGUCAAUGCACUCCUCAAUCCAGUGUCCAUAGAUCAACACUAACAUCGAAUAGUUUCUCCAAAAUGUGCCAUAGCUUACGUCCCCAGAAAAAUGUAAAUUAAUCCUUUACUUUUUUAUUUACGCUGUUCAAUGACAGAUAAUUGUAACCAAAAACAUAACCUUGUUGGUGGAGGUAACUAGAAAAAGCAUGUGCAGUACAAGGACAACAGUACAAACCUCCACCUAUGUUUUUCAGUUACAGUGUCAAUACACUCCCAUAAUCCACAACGUUAAGAAUCUUGAAUCCAGAUCUGGAUCACCACCAAAAUCAAAUAACACAUUAUAUGAUAAUGUACAUCCCCCCAAUAUUUCAUUUUUGAGCUACACACAAACAAGCAAACAGACAAGUCCGGGCAAAAACAUUACUUUCUUGACAUAGGUACUAAAAAUUGCAUGGUUCUUUCCAGGAAACUUCUUAGAUCAUUUGGAAAUAAAGUUAACAUUUUAUGG